GAUUGGGCUUCCUGCUGCAACGCAUGCGCGAUGCUGCGCCGGAUCCGGCUAGUCCCCCUCUCGUUUUGAGGAGCCACCAAGUUUACACAGUACACUAGGUAGUACUCCUAUCUACCAAGUAUCCGUACAGGGUGCGGGAGUUGUGCAGGGAAAGCGAGACGAACCCCACGCUACCUACACUACCGGUAGCUUGACGGGCUCCGUUCGUGCGUCGUUCACGUCGAGUCUUGGCUGCAUGCUCCUCGCCAACCGGGCGUGGCCGAACCGGCGGUUCGUCCCAUGCAUGCCAGGUAAACUAGGUAUGCAACGCCGAGUUGCCCCCCUCCCCUCCGCCGGUGAAGAGAUGAAGGAAGAAAAGAAUGAAAAUGAAAAUGAAAAUAGAGCGAGCAAGCAAGCGACGGGGUGCCUUCCAGAGAAGAAGGGGAAAGAAAAACGAGCAAUAAUAAUAAUAAUCAUAAUCAUAAAUAAAAAUAAAGAAAAGAAUAAG